UAUGUCACCGGUCGGUAAUUUUGUGUACGUGGUCGCUCGCGAAUUUAUUUUCGGAGUCGUUUAAAUGUGUAAAUGUACAAUCUCGAAGAAGCACCGAAUGAUCGAAUAUUAAAAAUUUGUUUUUCUUCUACGAUUUGAUUCUCGUUGCGCAAAUGAUCGCGCAAAUGCAGAUGUUUAUUUGUCAAUUUUAAUUAUAACCUUUAACCACACACACAUGUGUUCGGUGUUUGUUUAAAUGUUGUAAAACUCAGAACUUGUUUUUGUUAAAAUUAUUGUGCAACUUUCUACACAAACAUGGCGUUAUUGACGAAAGCGAGAGGUCUGCACAUGAAUGCUCAGAAGCAAGAGACGUUAUUAAAGUUAACUGUACUUUCUCUAGCAGCAAUUUUAUCAUUUGCAACACGUUUGUUCUCGGUACUGAGAUUUGAAAGUGUUAUUCACGAAUUUGAUCCAUAUUUCAAUUAUCGCACAACAAAAUACUUAGCCGAAAAUGGAUUUUAUAGUUUUCAUAAUUGGUUCGACGAUAGAGUUUGGUAUCCACUUGGCAGAAUAAUAGGCGGAACCAUAUAUCCCGGUCUGAUGAUAACUUCAGCAGCGAUAUACAGGAUUUCUUGGUUGCUAAAUAUUACGUUAGAUAUACGCAACAUUUGUGUCUUUCUUGCUCCGUUAUUUUCAAGUUUAACAACAAUCAUCACUUAUCUGCUUACCAAAGAAUUAAAGGAUUCCGCGUCAGGUCUAUUCGCAGCUGCAAUGAUCGCAAUCGUACCUGGAUAUAUAUCUCGAUCGGUUGCAGGAUCUUACGACAAUGAAGGCAUAGCGAUUUUCUGUAUGUUGUUCACAUACUACAUGUGGAUCAAAGCUGUAAAGACGGGAGCAAUAUCUUGGGCCACAUGCGCUGCCCUAGCUUAUUUCUACAUGGUAUCUUCGUGGGGCGGAUACGUCUUUUUAAUUAAUUUAAUCCCGUUACACGUGUUAACUCUGAUGGUGACCGGUAGAUUUUCUCACAGGAUAUACAGCGCGUACAGCAUUCUUUAUUGUUUAGGCACAAUUCUUUCUAUGCAAAUUUCAUUCGUUGGUUUCCAACCGGUUCAAAGUUCCGAACAUAUGCUUGCAUUGGGUGUCUUUGGUCUCUGUCAGAUACACGCAUUGGUAGAUUAUUUGCGUAGUAAAUUAUCACAAAAUGAAUUUGAAAUAUUAUUCCGCGCUCUGUUAAUUGUGGUAGUCUCGGCGUCGUGCGUAGUCGGUGGUAUUUUAACCAUCACAGGAAAAAUAUCACCAUGGACCGGACGGUUUUACUCUCUGCUCGAUCCGUCAUACGCAAAGAAUCACAUUCCAAUAAUCGCUUCAGUUUCGGAACAUCAGCCGACAUCAUGGAGCUCUUUCUACUUUGAUUUGCAGAUACUUGUAUUUUUGUUCCCGUCGGGCUUAUACUUCUGUUUCUCCAAAUUAACAGACUCAAACAUUUUCUUGAUUUUGUACGGAGUUACCAGUUUAUAUUUUGCAGGUGUGAUGGUACGUUUAAUGUUGGUGCUCGCUCCAGUAAUGUGCAUUUUGGGCGGAAUCGGAGCAUCCUCUCUGUUAAGUACUUACAUGAAGCAAAUCGAAAGUGGAAAAGUUGUCGACAAGAAAGCUAAGAAGUUCGAGAGCAACUAUGUUCUAAAGAGUGAAGUUGCCACAUUUUUCGUCGUAGUGAUGUGUAUACUUUUCAUCUCUUACACUUUUCACUGCACAUGGGUUACGGCAGAAGCUUACAGCUCGCCCAGCAUUGUAUUGUCCGCACGAUCGCCUGACGGCGGACGGAUGAUUUUUGAUGAUUUCAGAGAAGCUUAUUAUUGGCUACGUAUGAACACUCCUGAAAAUGCUAAAGUGAUGUCUUGGUGGGAUUACGGAUAUCAGAUAACCGCAAUGGCGAAUCGUACUAUUUUGGUAGAUAAUAACACAUGGAAUAAUACGCACAUAUCAAGAGUCGGUCAGGCAAUGGCAAGUUCCGAGGAGAAGGCUUAUGAGAUCAUGAGAGAGUUGGAUGUCAACUACGUUCUUGUGAUUUUUGGAGGACUUACCGGUUACUCGUCGGAUGAUAUAAACAAGUUCCUAUGGAUGGUGCGCAUUGGUGGAAGUACGGAGAAAGGAAAAUCUAUAACCGAAUGGGAUUAUUAUAACUCCGCGGGCGAAUUUCGAGUGGACAAAGAGGGAUCCCCAGUUUUGCUCAACUGUCUCAUGUACAAAAUGUGUUACUACAGAUUCGGCCAAGUCUACACAGAAGGCGGUAAGCCGUCAGGUUACGACCGAGUGAGAAAUAUGGAGAUCGGAAACAAAGAUUUCGAAUUGAACACGCUGGAGGAGGCAUAUACCACGGAACACUGGCUCGUACGAAUUUACAAAGUGAAGGAUCUACGAAACAGAGGGGCUUAAAUGUUAUUCCAACAUUCUAAUUUGCAUUUGGUCACAUCUAUUGCCAUAACUUUGUAAAUUUUUUGAUAUUUACGUUCGCGCUUAGAUACGAAUUUCGCAAUUCGGUUUAUUUAGCGGUCGCGACAGUCAGACUGUAAACGAAAUUUUUAUAAAACUAAAAAUUACGUAAAGAUAAAAAAAAAGAAAAAAAAAAAGAAACGAUACCAGUAUAUCGAUACUUGCAGUUUAUUGCAAUUUUGAAAAGUUGUAUAUUUAGUAUGUAUGUAUUUUGACAGUAAGCCUGUUAAAACAUCGUAUAUGAUAUAUCGAAUAACAUGACUAGUAAUGUAUGUUUGUUUAUGAAUAUUAGCACAUAUGCAAGUGUAUUACAAACGUAAGAGAAGAUAGUCGUCAUUUCC